CAAAUUUGAUAUGUAUUUAGUUAUAUAUGUAAUGCACUCCACUCUUUUCUUUUCGAUUCGAUGAGAUAAAAGACAGGGAGGUGAUUUACCAAAAUUACCCUCGAUUAAUUUGAGUUCGAUAUUCGGGCACUCGCACACCCAGUCGAAGGAGAAGAUUAGGGUUUUACGAUCUAAGCAAGAAAGGAGAACUGAUCGGCAGUCGAAGGAGAAGACAAGUUCAAGUAUUUCUGCCUUGCCACUGAUAAUCAUCAUCUACAUCUAAUGGCGCCCCCUCCUGGCCCUUACUCCGGCACCAGCACCCUCGCUCUGGUAGCCCGUGCAUCAGCUUUCACCUUUGGUUUAGUUUACGGAAACAUUAAACUCAAGGUUCUGAAGGCAAAGGCCAAGUCACGUGCCAAAGCUGAAGCCAAGGCCCAUCACUGAUGAACUCAUUUAUGAUGUAGCUUGUAGCGAUGGAAAUUUCCACAUAGGGAGACACUCUGAUCAUUGGUUGGAGAAAUAUGAUUUUUCGCUUGAUAAUUUAGUAAAUUUUGUUUAUUUUACUGCCGAAACAAAGAAAAUUUCUUUAUUUAGACGAGGUUGGUUUUGCGAAUACCGUAUGGUGUACGCUUAGUUUGUCAGUUCCCAUUGGUAAUAUUCUACCUGUGAGAAGGUUGUUCUUGAAAUAAAGGCCACACACCAUCCUGAUGAAUAAGACAGUUUGAGAUUUUUUUCUGUUAA